GCCGGCUGGCCCGCAAGUCUAGGGAGCGCCGGGAGCUGCAGUGCCUGUGGUGGCAGCGGCGGCGGCAGGUGGGAGCGAUGGCGGCGCCCGCGUCCCCUGGAGAGUGCAGCUACAUCCGCACGGUGCUGGGCCAGCAGAUCCUGGGCCAGCUGGACAGCUCUAGCCUGGCGCUGCCGUCCGAGGCCACGCUGCGGCUGGCGGGCAGCGGCGGGCGCGGCGGGCAGGUGGCACGGAGCCUGCGGAUCCAGGAGCAGGUGCAGCAGACGUUGGCCCGCCGGGGCCGCAGCGCGCCGGCUGGGAGCCUGCACCGCACCAGCAGCGUGCCAGAGUACGUGUACAGCCUGCACCUGGCAGACGGUGACCACGGCCGGCUCCUGACACCUAGGACCUAUGACAUGCUGAAGCCUGGGCCUUGGGAACGCUGGGCCGGCUCAGGGCACUGGGUGGAGGAGCGAGCCUGGAGGCUUCCACUGCGCCGGCUGGAGGUGUCCCCCGAGGGCAGCCCCGAACGCACCCGUUGGACCCCUGCCCCACGCCCCAUGGCCCCUGCAACCCACUACGCACGCUCGGACAUUACAGCGGCCACCCGCCGGCGCUACGACACCCUGAGCGUCCACCGAGAGGCCUGGGGACGCACCUGCCGCCUGUCCUCGGCCCCUGAUGGCCGCGCCCUCACCUGCCCGCGGCCCGCCAGCCGCAGCACUGGCGACCUGCGUGACAAGGAGAACCUCAUGGCUGGGCUGCGAAGCUCCGUUAGGGGCCACGCCCACAGGACGCACCUGACCGCCGGCCAGCUGGCCGCUGUGGGCAGCGCCAACCUCGGCCUGGACAGGCCUGCCUUCGCCGACCCACUGCUCGGGAGUGUGGACAUGGAGAUGACACUGGAGCGGGCGGUGGGCUUGCUGGACGGCGACCCCACAGUGCCCAGGGUGGCGGCCGCGGCUACCUUCAUCCAGCACGAGUGUUUCCAAAAGGCUGAGGCACGCAGGAGGGUGUACCAGCUCCGUGGUAUCCCCCGGCUGCUGCAGCUGCUGAAGUCAGCGAGUGAGGAUGUGCAGAGGGCGGCCAGCGGGGCGCUGCGCAACCUGGUCUUCGAGGACAGUGACAACAAGCUGGAAGUGGCUGACCUUGGGGGAAUCCCCCGGCUGCUGCAAGUGCUCAGGCUGAGCCGAGACUUAGAGACCAAGAAGCAGAUCACAGGUCUGCUGUGGAACCUGUCCUCCAGCGACAGGCUCAAGAACCUGCUGAUCACGGAGGCUCUGCUGACACUGACGGAGAGUGUGGUCAUCCCCUACUCAGGGUGGCCGGAGGGAGACUACCCCAAGGCCACUGGCCUCCUGGAUCUGGACAUCUUCUACAAUGUCACAGGCUGCCUCAGGAACAUGAGCUCCGCGGGCCCCGCGGGCAGGAAGCUGAUGAGGAGCCGUGAGGGGCUGAUUGACGCACUAGUGCACUACGUCAGGGGCAUCGUGGCGGACCACCAGCCCGACGACAAGGCCACGGAGAACUGUGUGUGUGUGCUGCACAACCUGUCGUACCAGCUGGAGGCGGAGCUGCCCGAGCCCCACGCCCACAGCUUCUGCGCACAGAGUCGAGGCCCCCAGCCUGAAGACAGGAGUGUGGGCUGCUUCGGGGGCCGCAGCAGGAAGGCCAAGGAGGAGUUCCAGGACCCGCCGCUGCCAGAGGAGAAGAGCAGCCCGCGGGGCGUGGAGUGGCUGUGGCACUCCAUCACCAUCCGCAUGUACCUGUCCCUCAUUGCCCAGAGCAGCCGCAGCUACACGCAGGAGGCCUCCUUGGGCGCCCUGCAGAACCUCACGGCAGGCAGCGGGCCUAUGCCGGCCGCCGUGGCCCAGGUGGUGGUGCAGAAGGAGAAUGGGCUCCAGCACGCCCGCAGGAUGCUGCACCUCGGGGACCCCAGUGUGCGGAGGACAGCUGUGUCCCUGCUGCGGAACUUGUCCAGGAACCCAGUGCUGCAGAGUGAGAUCGCCAGGGAGACCCUGCCGGACCUGGUGUCUGUCCUCCCUGACUCUGUACCCACCACUGAGCUCCUGGUGGAGACCACAGCUUCCGCCUGCUACACGCUCAACAACCUGGUCCAGAACAGCCUGCAGAGUGCACGGGACCUGUUGGGCACCGGGGGUCUGCCCAGGGUCAUGGCCAUCAGCGUUGAGGACCACCCGGCAUCUAGCAAGGCCAGCAGGGCGGCCUCAGUGCUGCUGUACUCACUGUGGGCGCACACAGAGCUGCACCAGGCCUACAAGAAGGCACAGUUCAAGAAGACAGAUUUUGUCAACAGCCGGACUGCCAAGGCCUACCAUGCCCUCAAAGACUGAGGAGAGCGGCCCUGUGGGUGCCCUUCGUCUCCACUGCCCCAGGAAGCUCCUACAGCACCGACUAUCCCUCUCUACAGCCCACUCCUUCCCCAGAGCCUGCUGGAGUCCCCUUCCUGGGGGCCAGGCCCUCUCUGCAGUGGCCUCCAUCCCAGAAGCCUGGAUGCCCGCCUGAGGGAGGAAGCGUGUGGCUGCCAUGGGCCCGGUCUCCAGUGUGCAGGCGCCUCCCUCCCAGGGCUUGCCCCUGGCCGCUGGGGAACACAGAGGCCUUCAGGCUGAGCAGCAGGAGGGAGUCUGGGCUUGCAGAGCUCCCAGCCCUCCAAGCUGCUCUCUGACAGGAGUGAGAGGCUGGAGGGGAUGUUGGUGGCAGUCCUACAGCCCUUCCCUCAGGAGAGCCGCCUGCCCAGGUCCCACCAGCGGGGAGCCCUUCCCAUGCUCAGGCGCUCAGGGCCCGAGAGAUGUCCCCUAGGGGACUCCACAUGGCCUCCCACAUGCCCCCACACACACACCCCACAGCCCCUCAUGGCAUCCCUGCUGUCCCGUGGUGGUGGCUUUUCCUGAUCUCAUAGUUUUAUUAUAAGAAAGAGAGGAGGAGAAAGAGCCAGAGAAAAACAAGUCACAGGAAAUAAACUCCUUUCCAGUCACA